AUUUCUGCUAAAAAUAACUACAUAAUGAUUAUGUAUGAGAAGCAAAUGUCAAUCACAUUAACUAGAUAACAACUGGUGCUUGCAGCAUGAUUCACAGUUGUGCGAUAAAAUUAUCAUGAUUGACCACAUCUUUGCCUACCGAUGGCUAAUUUGUACAGUUACAAAAUGAAGCUGUUCCUAGCCGGUUGUGUUUUUAUCGCCUAUUUGGUACACGUACUCGUAGCGAACCAAAAAGGAUGUUCUUUUUCGGUGCAUGGCCAAAGUGAGAAAAAUUCUCCCAUCUUAUUGCAGAACGACACGACAUUGAUUGUGCCCAAUAACGGUAAAGUCAGCUUGAAGAGAAGAGAGACCGUCACGUUGGUGUGUCCAGAUUCCAAGAAUUAUUUAGUUGGAACUCAAUCAAACAUUACGCACGCACAGUGCGUGCAAGGACACAUUUUACGAGUGGCCAAUCAAGAUGUGAAUUUCCGUGAUCUUCAAUGCAACAAGAUUAUUAAAGGAACAGUAUUCAAAACAACGAAGAAAUGUGGGGAUAAUAAGGGACGCAUUUACAAAAUUGGUUACCAAAUUUCCUCACGAAAUUUCUUAACGUUAAUCGAGGUUUGCUACGACCCCAGUUCAGGAUCCACUCUAUAUACUGAACAUUUACUUCACGGACAAGACAUCAAAUACGCUUCCAAAUCAAAUUAUCGCCCAGCUUUUAGUCCUGAAGCUUCCGGAGUUGCUGUUUCCGUCGCGUACAGACAGACGUUUCAGAAAGCAACAUUCAAUAAAUUAAUGAAAUCAGCUUUAAAAGCUCAGGAAUACAUUAAUGACAACUCCUUUCUAUCUCGUGGUCAUUUAUCGCCUGAUGCGGAUUUUCUCUACGCCGCCACUCAAUACACGUCUUAUUAUUACAUAAAUGCGGCUCCUCAAUGGCAAGCAAUUAAUGCUGGAAAUUGGAAAAAAAUCGAGCUAUUAAUACGGAAGCUCGCUGAUAACCUUCAAGAAACUCUAACCAUAAUCACAGGAACUUACGGCGUUUUGACUCUUCCGGACAUUAAUGAGAAUGAAGUGGAUAUAUAUCUCGUUUCCGGUAGUAAACUACCGGUUCCUAAAUUUUUGUGGAAAAUUAUUUAUUCGAAACAAUUGCGACAAGCUGUGGUUUUGGUUAAUUUAAAUAAUCCUUUUGUUAAAGAAAUUGUGACAGAACAUUUUUUGUGUCCGAAUAUUUGCAGUAAAGUAGGCUGGGGUGCGGGUUCAUGGUCAAACUACCAACGCGGUUUUGUGUAUUGUUGUGAUUACAAACAGUUUGUUGAUAAAGUUGAAACUGCACCGAAGCUCAGCGUUGUGGGUGUACUACAAGGGCCGAAGUAAUUGCCUCAAUUCUUCUUAGUUUUAAUUAAAUGACGCUAUUUAUGACGGGAUUUUAUGAUGUAUGUAAUUUUCUACAAUGUAUUAAAUUUUAAGUAAUUUCUAUUUCUUUACAAAUAAUAGAUCAAUUCCAAAGGAAUAUUAACUUUGGAAAGUAGUGAAAACAUUAAAUACAUGAGCUUCUUUUAGUUUCCGAAAGAAUUAAUAAAGGGAUGUUUUAAAAUAAAGCAAAUAUAAAGAGUAA